AGUUCUCCGCACCUGCGCGGACGCUGGGAGUUUGCGCACUACGGCCUCUGCAGCUGAGCAGCUCAUCACCAUCCUUUCUCCUGUUCAGCUAAUCCGUGCGUUAACUAGAUUUAUAAUAUAUAAGGUGCCAUGGCAGACGCCGCGAUAUCAUUUGCAAAAGACUUUCUGGCCGGCGGAGUUGCGGCUGCAAUUUCUAAAACAGCCGUCGCUCCGAUCGAGAGAGUGAAACUGCUUCUGCAGGUACAGCAUGCCAGCAAGCAAAUCAGCGCUGACAAACAGUACAAAGGAAUAAUCGACUGUGUUGUGAGGAUUCCCAAAGAGCAAGGUUUUGCCUCCUUCUGGCGUGGCAAUCUCGCCAAUGUCAUCCGCUACUUCCCCACCCAAGCCCUCAACUUUGCCUUUAAGGACAAGUAUAAGAAGGUCUUCUUGGGUGGUGUUGACAAGCACACUCAAUUCUGGCGCUAUUUUGCUGGAAACUUGGCAUCUGGAGGUGCAGCAGGAGCCACGUCUCUUUGUUUCGUCUAUCCCCUCGAUUUUGCACGUACCCGUUUGGCCGCUGAUGUUGGAAAAGCCUCCGCCACCAGAGAAUUCAAUGGCCUUGGUGACUGCCUGACUAAGAUCUUCAAGUCUGAUGGAUUGCGAGGCGUGUAUCAGGGCUUUAAUGUGUCUGUGCAGGGCAUCAUCAUCUACAGGGCAGCUUACUUUGGAGUCUACGAUACAGCCAAAGGUAUGCUUCCUGACCCUAAGAACACCCACAUUGUGGUUAGCUGGAUGAUUGCACAGAGUGUCACUGCAGUGGCUGGUGUGGUCUCUUAUCCUUUCGACACCGUGAGGCGUCGCAUGAUGAUGCAGUCUGGACGCAAAGGAGCUGACAUUAUGUACACUGGGACGAUCAACUGCUGGAGGACUAUUGCACGCGAUGAGGGUGCCAAAGCGUUCUUCAAAGGAGCUUGGUCUAAUGUUCUCAGAGGCAUGGGAGGUGCUUUUGUGCUUGUGCUAUAUGAUGAAUUUAAGAAAUUUGUUUAAAUAUGCCAAGCAAAGCAGUAAGAAUAAAAAAAAUUAUAAUAUAAUAGAUCUAACUGCUAAAGUUUUUCAUGCUUUCCCCGAACAUAUGCAGUGUGUAGCCAGUUAUCUAUGUAAACAGCCAGCAUAAAUUAUAGUAUUAAACCUCUGGAGCAUUAAUGUAUACACUAUGUGAAUUAGUUUCUUAUAGUAUGCACUAAUGCACAAAUCUAAAUAGUAAUUUAUUUUUGUUGCACAUCUUUUUGAUUUGGAAAUGUUAUUGUUUACUUGCAUAAGACUGUGGUUGUGUAAUAGGUUUGAACAGUACAUGCCUUGCCAAUGGACCAGGCUCUAAUGUAAUGGCUAGUACUAUGCAGCAAUAGUUUAUCUUCACUCCCUGAAACAUAGGUGAAAAUUGCAAGAUGCUACUUAAGGUUUCUAAUAACAAGAAUAAAAAAGAAGAUAAAUGAUCAAAUACAACAGAUUAAUACUUGAGCCAUGAAUGGUCUUUUUUUCUUUAUGUUCAAAGUUGGAUAAACAUAGGCAUGGCUGGUUCAGAGAUAUAUUCAGCAUGAUGUUUUAAUUCCCCACUUUGCGAAUUGGAGAAUGAUCAACACAAUAAAUGGCUCCAACAUUGUUUCCACAGAGCCAGAGUAAUGGCCUUCACAUUCAGAGCCGGGGUGACAUGACAAGUUGCUUUUUUUUGUGGAACACUGCUAAAAGUAUUUUCUUUCCCAAGCAAUAUGGGAAACCAUAUUUUCAAGGCGAUUUUCUUGUCAGUAUGUCAAAUUAUGUGAGACUGAUCUCAAUGCCUCAAGUGAAAAGGACAGCCGUUUGUGUCCACAUAGGACAGUGAAAAAAGGCAUCGCCCAUCAUGUGAAGUAUGUUGUAAUCAGACAUUGAGAAACCACAUUUGCAGAGACCUUAUUCUUGAGUAAAAAGCAGGAAUGCUUGUAACACAAUAAAAGUAUAUACCUCA